AUGAAUCCCGGAGAGAGCCGUGCGAUUCACCCAGAGGGAGAACUGUUCCUGAACUCGUCUGGCUGGCCGGAUGAGUCUGCUGUCGAGCCUCUGCGAAUCAACAAAAGAGAGUCGGCCUCCACGGCGUCCAACUCAAGUCCACCAAAUGCCCCGCUUCCCUAUCCUGAUGACCGACUACUACCUCAGAUUCGUAGCUCGAGUUCCAAUGAAGGGCGCCCAACGGAUCGAUAUGGGUCUCCACCGGCUGGCUCCGGUUCGGUGAACAUCCCGGAUUACCCACCGGCUCUACGGCCACGCGAUGGUCGCGAGCCUCGAACUGCCACUUUGGCAGAGCGACGCGGUGCAGCUCCCAGACCCCUGCCCGAUUCUCCCGGCCCAGAUGCACCAGACCGGGAGGCUUUGGCAGCAAGACAGUACCCACGGCCCCCGGCGGGCCUGACUCCGGGUCCUCCAGCUGGCGCAACAUCGGAUGCAAAUCAGUAUGACUACCGUCAACAGUACUAUCCGCCUCCUCGGAGCUCCACGGCGAGACCCUCAUCCAAUCUUCAACCCCCGCAAGGCUCAAACAGCUCUAUCAGUCGGAUCAGCUCCACUGCUUCCACCUCAACGACCCGUGCCCAGCGUGGAUCGCCGCCACCCCCGGAGACGCCCGUCGUAGGACCCGGCCAGCAGCCUGGCUCCGACAUUGAAGCCCGAUAUGCUGCGGCUGGUAUUGCAGGUACGUCAACACUUGCCGGUCUGCAGUCUCAAAAUGCAGCCGCGCAAAGACGGACCGACCAAUAUUCGGGUCAACAUCCCACCUUUCAACAGCCUCCGCAGCGGCCAUGGACCCCCACUGAACAGCCGGGGACCCAGCCCCAUGGACCUCCUACCGUUUACCAGGGCGCGGAAGUAGUGAGUACCGACAACCAGCCAGUCACCUCUCAUCCUGGUCAAUACAGUAGCCCUCCACCCCAACCUCAGGCUACGCCGCCACAGCAACAGCAACCCCCCAGGAUUCCGGACAACGCAUUGGAGCAAGACUUGGAUCGAAUGCGCAUCAGCUCUUCUCCCCCUCCUGCCUACUCGAGCGUUUCCGGGCCUGCCGCAUCGAACACCGGGUAUCCGAAUGAAAAGCAAAGUGCUGCUGCUGUUGGGUCAUCGGCCGGGGGUGUAAUAGGCCAUACAGCAAACCAAACCCAAGCUACUGUCACCGCGCCUUCGCCGGCACCAACCGCCUCGACGCAGGAUCAUCCCGCAUUUGCAAAUGACCCGCGACAACAACAGGACACAGGACAGCCUCAGCAAAUUGUUGCAAAUGGCCAGCUCGUCUCUUAUCAAGAGACGUCUCAGUCGCAGGUGAUGUCUCCUGCUCCCACGGGACCUUCUCCAGCGUCUCCUCCACCUCUUCCUGAGGGUUGGAUUGCACACUUGGAUCCGAACUCAGGGCAGUACUAUUAUAUCCAUCUACCCACACAGUCAACUCAGUGGGAAUUUCCAAAAGGCCCCACACCAUUGAACCUCAAUGAGACACCUUUGUCACCCGUGGGAAGCGUAUACAGCAAUCAUCCUCUUACAUCUCCGGGUCUUUCGGCCUUUGGAAAGCCUAUGGCGUCUCCCGGCGUUCCGAUGACUCCAGGAUUUGAGAGCUUGCAGUCUCCUGUCUCAGGGUUCUCAGGGCCUCCUCCUACGAGUGGUAUGGAUUUGUACAAGACUGCUCCCACCAAUGGUGUAUAUUUCGGUCCCUAUCUGCGAUACACCAACAUGGAUCUCGAACGAGGGAUAUGGAUGGGCUCCAUUUUGCUGGUCACAGACACUGCACAGCCGCCCACAAUUCACAUCCAUCAGAGCGUUGACCUGUCUCCAAAUCCUAGGCAGCUGAAAGGAAUCAACAUUGCGGCCCAUCAGCGCUGGACCUUUUACAAAUACGAGAUCGACCUGCAGAUGGAUGAUUCAGGGCCGGCCAAAUGGACAUACGCGAUUACCUCGCACCUUGGUUGCACUCGUUACGAGUUUCUCGUUGCUGGCCGCCACGAGACAAAUUGGCGAUUCAUUACGACAUCUGGCAAUGAUUUCUCACUCAAUGUUAAUGCCAAUGAGCGAGCUCGCCUGGGUGGAGUGGGCUUCAUGUGGAAAGAUAUCAUGCAAAAGCACAACGAGAUUGGAGGAUUCCAUGCCCAGCUGUGUCUAGGUGGCCAGAUAUAUUCAGAUCGCAUGUGGAAGGAGAUUGCGUCCCUCAAACAGUGGCUUUCCAUCAGUGGAAAAGAGGCUAGGAAGAAUGCCCCCUGGACGGCAGCACACCAGCAAGAUGUCUCUCAUGCUUACUUCCAUUACUAUACCAGCCAUUUUGACCAGCCGUACCUGCGAGAGUCCUUUGCGCAGAUUCCUUAUAUCUGCCAAAUUGACGACCAUGACAUCUUUGAUGGAUUCGGCUCGUACCCGGAGCAUAUGCAGUUCUCAAACAUGUUCAAGAACAUUGGCCGCAUAGGCAUUGAGAUGUAUCUCCUCUUCCAGCACCAUACAACCUUGGAUAUUCUCCGCAACGUCAACAACGACAUUGAUCUUUUCACCAUCACUGGAACUGGCUGGCACUUUGUCAAAUAUCUCGGUCCCGGCGUGGUUGUUGUCGGCCCUGAUUGUCGCUCAGAGCGUAAUCCCCAUCAGGUCAUGUCUGGUCCAACAUAUCAGGGCCUCUUCCCCAAGAUUGCGAUGCUGCCACCCAGUGUGCAGCACUGUUUGUGGAUGAUCUCUAUGCCGCUCAUCUACCCACGGCUGGAAACGGCGGAGCAUAUCGCUCACACGGUAACUACGGGUAAGAGGGCUGUGACGGGCGCGUACAAUGUUCUAGGCAAGGUAACCAGCUCAGUCGCCGGAGUGGUCGGAGCCAAAGACGUCGUGGGCUCUGGAUUUGACUCUGUCAAGCGUGCGGUGGGCAAAUCCGGACUUAUGGGUGGUAUCUUGAGUCCAUUCGGCGAGUUUGAUCUCAUGGACGAGCUACGUGAUCAAUGGACCCACGAAUCCAAGGAUCUCGAACGAACCUACCUCAUCCGCACUCUCCAGGGCAUAGCACACCAAAAGUCCCUCCGCAUGAGCUUCCUAUCUGGCGCCGUCAACGUCUGUGGCGCCGGGCUUGUCCACGACCCUUCCCAGCCCUCUGACCACAAGACCAUGUAUCAGCUCAUUGCCUCACCCGUCGUGAACACACCACCGCCAUCCUAUAUCAUCAAGCUCCUGCAUAGCCACAACAAGCCUCUCUAUGUCCCCGUCAAUGGCCACCGUUCCUCGCCUCAGCCUACCGACACCAAAGAGGAUAUGAUGGAGAUUUUCCAGACCGACGUCACAGGUCAAGCCCGCGAGUAUCGCAAGCUGAUGGCCCGCCGCAACUACGUCGCCAUUGUCGCCUACGACCCCGAAACCGUCUCCGCCACUUAUGGCCGGCCGGACGGUGCACAUAGCGGCAAGCUUAGCCUGGCGGCUGACUUCAUGGUUCAAGGCGACGGUGCCUAUAGUAGCGUGGUUAAAUAUGGUCCGGUUAUUGUGCCCAGUCUGGAACGGGGCCGCUAA